AUGAUUGCACCUGCAUUGCACCUCGUCACCUCUCACCUCGCAGCUGGCAGUAGCGAGACGCCCCUCACAGCUCACGAGGCAGUCUCUGGAGUCCUAGGAUCAAUAUCACUUUGCUGCUGGAUCUUCCUGCUCCUCCCACAGCUCAUCGAGAACUACCGCAAUGGCUCUGCCGAAGCUGUGUCCCUGGCGUUCAUUCUCGUGUGGUUCCUGGGCGAUAUCUGCAACCUCGCUGGCGCACUGUGGGCCGGGCUCGUCUCCGUGAUCGUUGCAAUUGGUGUCUACUUUUGCAUAAGUGACGGUGUUCUCCUCAGAAGCGGAGCGGCAGUUACACAGGCACUAUCCCGGGCAGUGAAGAGCGGCGACGAAGCAGUCAAGCAAGUCAGGGAAGUGCAAGGCGAAGGAGUAGUGCCGCAGCGCAAGAAGCACGCAACGAGAGCUGUGGGCGAAGACGUGCUCAGCGUGCUCGGGAUCUGUGUUAUUGGCGCAGCGGGCUGGGCGAUUGCUUACGGAACAGGGACUUGGAAGCCUGCUCCACCGCCUGGCAAAGUGCACGCUGAGGAGCUCGCAACCGGCGCCCAAACCUUGGGCUAUGCGAGUGCGGUGCUCUAUCUAGGUGCCCGGCUCCCGCAGAUCUACAAGAAUUGGCAAGAGAAGAGCUGCGAAGGUUUGUCGUUGUUGUUCUUCAUCCUCUCACUUCUAGGAAACCUGACAUACGGCGCCGGUAUCAUCUUCCACUCGACUCAAAGAGAGUAUAUCGUGAAGAAUAUUCCGUGGCUGAUAGGAAGCCUGGGAACGAUGUUCGAAGAUGUCAUCAUAUUCGCACAAUUCCAUAUGUAUCGACCAGGCAAGAUAAAUUCGGAGUCAGCCGUUGAAUGA